GUGGGGGCAUGGCUUUGAAGGGAGCAGUUGUCCAGCAGCAGUUAGUCUGUGUCGGCGCCAGUCCAACAGGGAGACGCACAGAUAGGCUUUGGGGCAUCUGAUCUCAGAGUGUCCUCCAGUGUGACCAUGCUCUCCACAGCAGUCACCUUAUCAACCAUGGAUCCUUCGUCCCAGGAUGUGGAGGACACUGAAGCCUCCAAACCGCUGCACCCUCUGCAGGAUGGGGAGUCCCCUGGCUGUCAGGGCGGUCCGGCUCCAUCCUGCUGGCUGCUCUACUCUAAGCCCAUCAUGGCCAUUGUUGUUGGCACACUGCUGUUUGGUUCGGGCACAGCCCUGUCCCUGCUCUACUUCACCCAGGUGGGCCAUGUCCCCUACCUGCUUGGACCACUGUUCCUCUCUGUGGGUCUGAUGUUCCUGGUCACCGGCCUGGUCUGGAUCCCCGUGCUAAAAGAGUCUGGAGCACAAGCCACUCACCAAGGUCAACCAUGAUAACGGCUCCAAGUGGAGCACAAAGACCCAGGAACUAUCUGCUUUGAAAGCACAGAGCAGUACGUACAAAAGUGUGGGGUCACACUGUGGGAGUGUGGGCGCUCAACCCGAACCAGGGACUAAAAGUUUUUUGAGCAUUCUUAAUUUGCAUCUGUCUAGCCUGAUAAUUUGACUGAAUUACCAUUUUGUUUCACUUCAUCAUUCAGUCUCACACCGGGCUCAUGUCAAGCUGUUUUCUGUUUGGUGGGAUAAUCAGUUGGUUUAUUUACCUAAGAAAGAAUAGAAAAAAAAUUCUACUCAAUAACAUGUAAUACUUUCAUUUAUCUGAGAAAUGGUUUUCAAUGAAAAUUAACUCUGCUCAUUGUCAGGAAUACACAUUCUGGUAAAAAA